AUAGUGAGCCCGUCAGUAUCCAGCACUUACAACAAGCAAAACCGACCUCAUACCAGCCAGUUCUCGCUGUUAAUAUCGCGCAAGAAGCAGAUUCGAAACUCACUACUGACGGACGGCUUUCGCCAUUUGCAAUCAUGGCUACCAACGGCGAUUUCUCCGACGAGGACUCGCAGCCCGGCUCGCCCCUCAUGGGCCACGAGCAUGAAGACGAUAUUGAGGAGCAGGAACCUCUUGACCAUGAAGAUGAUGUCCAAGAGAAGCCCUUGAAGUCUGCCCUCAAGAACAAGGAUGCCGAACCCCUAGUAUACGAGCACAAGCGCCCAGAGCUGCCUGAGCAACCCGACCCGAAUACCGUGGACUUCUCGACAUUCACUCCCCUUACACCUGAGAUUAUCGCCCGUCAGGCUACGAUCAAUAUUGGAACCAUCGGCCACGUCGCUCACGGUAAAUCGACUGUGGUCAAGGCUAUUUCGGAAGUUCACACAAUUCGUUUCAAGAACGAGCAGGAGCGAAAUAUUACCAUCAAGUUGGGUUACGCCAACGCAAAGAUUUACAAGUGUGACAACCCCGAGUGUCCCAGACCGACCUGCUACAAGAGUUACAAGAGUGAAAAGGAAAUCGAUCCUCCAUGUGAGCGUGAAGGGUGCAGUGGCACAUACCGCUUGUUGCGUCAUGUCUCCUUCGUUGACUGCCCCGGUCACGACAUUCUCAUGAGCACUAUGUUAUCUGGUGCCGCUGUCAUGGACGCAGCUCUCCUUCUCAUUGCUGGAAAUGAAACAUGCCCACAACCUCAGACUUCAGAGCACUUGGCUGCUAUUGAAAUUAUGAAAUUGAAUCACAUUAUCAUUUUGCAAAAUAAGGUCGACUUGAUGCGUGAGGAAGGUGCUCUAUCGCACUACCAAUCAAUCCUGAAGUUCAUUCGAGGAACUGUAGCGGACGGCUCGCCAAUUAUCCCGAUUUCGGCUCAGUUGAAAUACAACAUUGAUGCUGUGAACGAGCAUCUUGUGUCUCACAUCCCUGUUCCUGUUCGUGACUUUACUGCCGCUCCACACAUGAUUAUCAUCCGUUCUUUUGACGUCAAUAAACCCGGUGCUGGAAUCGAAGAACUCAAGGGUGGUGUUGCUGGUGGUUCUAUCUUGACCGGUGUUCUAAAAUUGGACGAUGAGAUUGAGAUCAGGCCUGGUAUCGUCACCAGGGAUGAGAAUGGCAAGGUCCAGUGCCGCCCUAUUUUCUCAAAGGUUGUUUCACUUUUCGCCGAGCACAACGAUCUCAAGUUUGCUGUUCCUGGUGGUUUGAUCGGCGUCGGUACUCGUGUUGACCCUACUCUUUGCCGUGCCGAUCGUUUGCUUGGUUUCGUCCUCGGCCUGCGUGGCAGACUGCCUGCUAUUUACACUGAGCUCGAAGUCAACUACUUCUUGCUCCGUCGUCUGCUUGGUGUCAAGUCCGCCGACGGCAAGCAAGCCAAGGUCGCUAAGCUCUCCAAGAACGAAGUUCUCAUGGUUAACAUUGGUUCUACUGCCACCGGUGCCAAGGUCGUGGGUGUCAAGGCCGAUGCUGCUAAGCUUGUCCUUACAAACCCCGCUUGUACCGAAAUUGGUGAGAAAAUUGCCAUCAGUCGUCGUAUUGAAAAGCACUGGCGAUUGAUCGGUUGGGCCAACAUUGUUGCCGGAAACACCCUCGAGCCAGUCCAAGACUAAGUAUAUCAUUUCAUAUCGAUAUGAGUAUAAUUCUAAAAUUCUAGCAUGUAUUUAGUCGAACAUGGGACAAGGCGUCCACCAAAAUACGAACAAAACACGAGCGACGGCGAUCAAAUCGAUAGAUCAAUACUUGCUCAUAUUUUCCAUCACUUUUAUGAAGAGAUAUAAAAGCAUGGUCAGGAAAGCCAUGACCGUGUUUCAGUCUUUUCUUGAUAUCCUCUUGCAUUUCUCAUUCUUAUUUCUUUAAUCUCUGGUGGAAGAGUCGCUCCUUCGGGACUCUUGUAACCUAGAGAUUCCGGUUUUUUGUUCUCCCUACUGGUUUGCAUUGGGAUAGAAGCAUGAUUCGAGAUUGUUCUGGGGUUUGUUUCUCAUGUGUUUAGAUGUUUCGUGGAUGCAAGAGAUGAUGACAAUGAAAUAGUAUUCAAAAGUUGC